CUUUUUUUUUUUUUUUUUAUCGUCGUAUAAAAUGAUGAUUUCUAGUAGGAUAUGGAGUUACGGUAAAAGAUAUAUACAACCAUCAGUGAUACGAUGUCCAACAACAACAACAAUAUUACGACCAGUUCGACAACAAGUACGAUCCAUGGCGACGAUCCAAACAACCACUGAUGUACAAACAGCAGCGUAUCACUUUAAGCAACAGAAACAUUUACCUUAUGUACUAGAGUAUCUCAUGUGGGUUGUGUUUGGAUCUGAAUGUCUCCACUUGAUCUGGCUGAAAUCGGAAUACAAGGAAUACAAGGAACACUCACAACAAAAGAUCGCCCUGUUCAAGGAAUUACUGCAUCUGUUGGAAUCUGGUUCUCCUGUACCUGAAUCUCUUCGUGAGGAAAUUAAAAUGUUGAUGUUGGAUGAGAAAUUCAACAAGAACUUACAUCAAGAUAUUGAAGAUGACUAUGUGGAAAAAUGUAAGGAACAUCAAAGAUAAAAAUGAUAAUAGGUUGACCUUUUUUCUUGAAUGUUAGGGAUUGCCUUAUCAGAAGAAGCAGAAAAAACUUCUACAACAUCCAUGGAUACCACCCAACAAUCACAUCAAGUGACCGAGGAAAAUACCAAGGCACCGUCAAGUGAAAUCAAACAACACAAAUUCAUCAUUUAGAUUAUAGACUAGACUAUUUAUUUAGAUAUUUUCAUCAAAUAAAAAGUGACAUUUUUAUGAAUUGAUCGAAUCUUUAUUUCUUUCAACU